AUGAAAACAAUCGAAAUUGUUUGUCAUAUAGAAGAAUCAAAACCGGCGUCGCCACGUUAUAUACCUUGCGUUACAGCAGAGGGCCGCUUUGAAAAUGCGGGAAUGGAAUGGGCUUCAAUACAAGAACUUGUAUCAAGCUGGAAACAAUGUGCCUUAUACGGGUCUCUUUAUUAUGGAGAGUGCACUACCGAUAUUGUAAAGAACAUUGAUAUUGUCGUCGAUUUUUUAAAUGUGUUUUAUGAGCAACUUGCUGUCUGUAAAACCGCUCAAGAAUGUGUCACCAAAUUUCCCAAAGGUGGGCAACUGUUAACAGAUUUGGCGAAAAAUAGAAUUCUUAUCCUUCAUUCAGAAACUUGCCGAUUAGUUGUGAAAUGUAUUUUAGAAUACUCUAAAUGUGUAUCUGGGUUUUCGGAUUCAUUAACAGAUUCGAACUGUCAAUCAAAGAAGUGGUGUCUGAAUAAAAUUAAUUCUUUGUUCUUUCGCCAUAAUCCUUCUUAUAAUCGUGACAAUGCCUCGGAAUAUAUAGCUAGAUCAUGCGGUGCUGGAAAUUAUGAAUUACAAAAGAUUAUUGUCACAGAGUCUACUACCGCAAUCAGGGAAUUUUUGGAAACAAUAGUAACAAAUUCAAUAGUAAUUCCGUCCCAAUAUUUCAUCAAAAUCUCUGAGCAAUUUCUACCACUUUUGAAUGAUUCGUCAAUGUUGGAAAUGGCUGAUCUUAUAAUUCGAUCAGCAACAUAUCGAACACUGCAUAUAACAUCGUACACAGACAAUUGUGAAGUGUUAUCAUGCGAGUUUGUUGAAAAAAUAGUGUUGUCAGAAUCAAUAUUUGACAAACUUAGUACUGAAGCGAAUUUAUGGGCAGCUUGUCCCUUUGCCAUUGAGCACGAGGUCAUGAAAAUUUUUGGACAUAUACUAUUUUCCAGGGAAAAAGAAUAUAUUGCACCACGAGAAAUAAAGGAAGUCAUACGAAGUGAACUUUUGUUUCAAAGGAUGAUAGGACAUCCAAGAAUUUGCCAUUUAUGCUUUGAUAUCAUGACAAAGUUGGUUAUCGAGUCUCCAGAUUGGCGAAUUCUUCGCCUUAUAGGGUAUACAAUACAACCUAUUUUUGAGUGCGAUCUUCGAAACGGGUAUUCCUCCUAUGAAGAAUAUCUUCCUCGACCUUUCGCGGAUCUUAUUUCCAAUCUUACAAGUUAUAUUUCGGGAGCACAAGAAUUUUCAACGAUCAACUCUUGUGUUAAGCAAUUUUUGUUAAGCCAAAGCCCAUCAGAUGUCGGAAUAUGUAGGAAACAAGUAUGGAUACUUUUAAUGUCAUUUCCAAAGUGGCAUUAUUGGAUUAUCGAAGUAAUUUUUGAUGAAUUGCUCUUUCCAGAGAUUAGUGAAUUAGAAGAGCCGAUACAUUAUCUGGCAUGGUUAGUGUGUCCACGAGAUGAUAAUACUAUUAUCACUCUUACUAAUACUAUAGUGGAUAUUAUUAUAUCCGUAAGAGAGUGCUUAUCAGUCUCACAACAUAGAAACGAAAGAAUUCUUUCGUGUCUUGAACGAUAUAAACCUAUUUUUGUCAAUCAAAUGAUUUUAGUAGAUGUCAUGUUAGGAUUGUGGCCAGUUACCAACUCCUUAGAUUUAAUGAAGAAACUUGUAAAUUUUUGCAUAGAAAACCAUAAUGAACAACUAAACGUGUUACCUAGACAGAAUAAUAGUGUCAAUUUAACGACAAUAACACUUAUUCUAGAUUAUUUUUACGAAACGCAAGUUACAGAAAACAAUCCUGAAAUGAAAGAUUUCUUGAAUAGCUUGCAAGAAUUAUAUAAAAAGCACAUUGAUUCUCAACCUGAGAACAGAUUUUCUUCGUUGGUUCAUGGUCAACGUAUCGUAAUUGUGCCAGAAUUUACACUUGAAUCUGGCUAUACAUUGCAUCGAGUUCCAGUAGCAUAUAAAACUUGGGGGAAGCUUAAUAUAAACAGAGAUAAUGUGAUGGUGAUAUGUCAUGCACUUAGUGGAAGCGCUGAUGUUCAAGAUUGGUGGGGACCUCUAAUUGGAAAAGGAAGAGCUUUUGAUCCCACAAAAUAUUUUAUUUUUUGUGCGAAUGUUCUUGGAUCACCUUACGGUACUGCAUCUCCUGUUACGAUUAAUCCUGAUACAGGAAAUAUAUAUGGUCCGGAGUUUCCUUUGACAACACCUCGAGAUGACGUCAGGCUCCAUAAAAUAAUUCUUGAUAUGUUAGGCGUCAAACAGAUUGCCACAUGCAUAGGUGGUUCUAUGGGUGGUAUGCAAGUGCUUGAGUGGUCAUUUUUUGGAAUGGAAUAUGUAAAGACAAUUAUUCCUAUUGCUACUUCUGCUCGACAAUCCGCAUGGUGUAUAAGUUGGAGUGAGGCUCAGAGACAAUCUAUUUAUAGUGAUCACAAAUAUCAUAAUGGAUUUUAUCAAUUAAAUGAGCAACCAGCAACAGGUCUUGCAGCUGCACGCAUGUCUGCGCUUCUAACGUAUCGUUCUCGGGAUUCUUUCGAGUCUCGAUUUAGUCGUACAUAUCAAGAUUUAAAUAAUUAUCCAACAGUCAAUGGUUUCUUAUCCGCUAAACCAAAAACACCAGCGGAAUAUGCUUUAUUUCUACAUAAUGAUGGUCUUCGAUGUAAUAAUAUUAAUGGUAAGUCUUUCAAGUCAAGGGAUCAAAACGGAAACAAUAAUAUAACUUUAAAACAAGCAAGUAUCCAAGAUAACGAUAAGAUUGAGCCACCUGAUAACAAAGAAUAUUACCAAAACAACAAUGUACAUUCAACUGCUGCUGUACCGCAGUUAUUUUCAGCUCAGUCAUAUCUUAGAUAUCAAGGUGAUAAAUUUGUUAAAAGGUUUGAUGCUAAUUGUUAUAUAAGUCUUACACGAAAGAUGGAUGCUUAUGAUAUAGCAAAAGAUAGAGGUGAUUUGAAGGAGGUAUUAGGUAGCAUCAAACAACCAGCAUGUGUAAUCGGAAUCGAGUCAGAUGGUCUUUAUGCUAUAUGUGAACAAUAUGAGUUGGCAGAAUUUAUACCAAAUUCUGAGAUGAUAACCAUUAAAUCACUGGAUGGACAUGAUGGUUUUCUUAUUGAGUUUGAUCAGAUGAAUCGGCAUAUUCUUCGUUUUACUCGAACACAUUUAUCUGAACUAUCUGAGGAAGAGUCAGGUGAAAGUGAUGGUAUAGAAGGAAACAAUAUAGAAGAAAAAUUGGUGGCUACCAAAAAUAGUUUGUUUGGUGAAGCAGAAGUUGAGUUUCUUUAA